AUGGGCUGCGCCCCCAGCAUCCACGUCUCGCAGAGCGGCGUGAUCUACUGCCGGGACUCGGACGAGUCCAACUCGCCCCGCCAGACCACCAGCGUGUCGCAGGGCCCCGCGGCCCCCCUGCACGGCCUCUUCGUCCAGACCGACGCCGCCGACGCCAUCCCCCGGAGCCGUGCGUCCGGGCCCCCUGGUGCCGCCCGCGUCCGCAGGGCCCGCGGUGAGCUGGGCAGCGGCAGCAGCGCGGGCUCCGCGGCCCCGGCGGCGACCACCUGCAGGGGCCGAAGGCGGCACUGCUGCAGCAGCGCGGAGGCCGAGACCCAGACCAGCUACACCAGCGUCAAGUUGGGGAUCUCCUUGCUGAUUUCUAAUUUGAAGAUUUUAAAAAUGAAUGCUGAACUUCAUCAAAAUGUCUCUUCUGCGGAGGUACGCAUUGGGCCCAUGAGACUGAUGCAGGAUCCUAUCCAGGUUUUGCUGAUCUUUGCAAAGGAAGACAGUCAGAGUGAUGGAUUCUGGUGGGCCUGCGACAGAGCCGGUUACCGAUGUAAUAUUGCUCGGACUCCGGAGUCAGCCCUGGAAUGCUUUCUAGAUAAACAUCAUGAGAUCAUUGUAAUCGAUCACAGACAAACUCGAAACUUUGAUGCAGAAGCGGUGUGCAGGUCGAUCCGGGCCACAAAUCCCUCGGAGCACACGGUGAUCCUUGCGGUGGUUUCACAAGCAUCCAGCGACUAUGAAGAGGCCUCAGUCCUCCCUCUUCUGGAUGCAGGCUUCAACCGGAGAUUUAUGGAGAACAGCAGCAUAAUUGCUUGCUAUAAUGAACUGAUUCAAAUAGAACAUGGGGAAGUUCGCUCACAGUUCAAAUUGAGGGCCUGUAAUUCGGUGUUUACAGCAUUAGACCACUGUCAUGAAGCCAUAGAAAUCACAAGUGAUGACCAUGUGAUUCAGUAUGUCAACCCAGCCUUCGAAAGGAUGAUGGGCUACCACAAAGGCGAGCUCUUGGGGAAAGAACUUGCCGAGCUGCCCAAGAGCGACAAGAACCGGGCAGACCUUCUCGACACCAUCAACACCUGCAUCAAGAAGGGCAAGGAGUGGCAGGGGGUUUACUAUGCCAGACGGAAAUCCGGCGACAGCAUCCAGCAGCAUGUGAAGAUCACUCCAGUGAUUGGCCAAGGAGGGAAAAUUAGGCAUUUUGUCUCCCUCAAGAAACUGUGUUGUACCACUGACAAAAAUAAGCAGAUUCACAAGGUUCAUCGUGACUCGGGAGAUAAUUCUCAGACAGAGUCUCAUUCAUUCAGAUACAAGAACAGGAGGAAAGAGUCCAUUGAUGUGAAAUCAAUAUCAUCUCGAGGCAGUGAUGCACCAAGCCUCCAGAAUCGUCGCUAUCCGUCCAUGGCAAGGAUCCAUUCCAUGACCAUCGAGGCUCCCAUCACAAAGGUUAUAAAUAUAAUCAAUGCAGCCCAAGAAAACAGUCCUGUCACAGUAGCAGAAGCCUUGGACAGAGUUUUAGAAAUUUUACGGACCACAGAACUGUACUCCCCUCAGCUGGGUACCAAAGAUGAAGAUCCCCAUACCAGUGAUCUCGUGGGAGGCCUGAUGACAGAUGGUUUGAGAAGGUUGUCAGGAAACGAGUAUGUGUUCACUAAGAAUGUGCACCAGAGUCACAGCCACCUUGCGAUGCCAAUAACCAUCAACGAUGUCCCCCCUUCUAUCGCUCAAUCACUUGAUAAUGAGGAAAGCUGGGAGUUCAACAUCUUUGAAUUGGAAGCUGUGACACACAAAAGGCCACUGGUUUACCUGGGCUUAAAAGUCUUUUCCCGGUUUGGAGUAUGUGAAUUUUUACACUGUUCUGAAACUACUCUUCGGGCCUGGCUCCAAGUGAUUGAAGCCAACUACCACUCCUCCAAUGCUUACCACAACUCCACCCAUGCCGCUGACGUCCUGCAUGCCACUGCCUUCUUCCUUGGAAAGGAAAGAGUCAAGGGAAGCCUCGAUCAGCUAGAUGAGGUGGCUGCCCUGAUCGCUGCCACAGUCCAUGACGUGGAUCACCCAGGAAGGACCAACUCUUUCCUGUGCAACGCAGGCAGUGAGCUCGCUGUGCUCUAUAAUGACACUGCUGUCUUGGAGAGUCACCACACAGCCCUGGCCUUCCAGCUCACGGUCAAGGACAGCAAAUGCAACAUUUUCAAGAAUAUUGACAGGAACCAUUAUCGAACACUGCGCCAGGCUAUUAUUGACAUGGUUUUAGCAACAGAGAUGACAAAACACUUUGAACAUGUGAACAAAUUUGUGAACAGCAUCAACAAGCCAAUGGCAGCUGAGAUUGAAAGCAGCGACUGUGAAUGCAACCCUAUUGGGAAGAACCUUCCUGAAAACCAAAUCCUGAUUAAGCGCAUGAUGAUUAAGUGUGCAGAUGUGGCCAACCCAUGCCGCCCCCUGGACCUAUGUAUCGAAUGGGCCGGGAGGAUCUCUGAGGAGUACUUUGCACAGACUGAUGAAGAGAAGAGACAGGGGCUACCUGUAGUGAUGCCAGUGUUUGACCGGAAUACCUGUAGCAUCCCCAAGUCCCAAAUCUCCUUUAUUGACUACUUCAUAACAGACAUGUUUGAUGCUUGGGAUGCCUUUGCACACCUGCCAACCCUGAUGCAACAUUUGGCUGAUAACUACAAACACUGGAAGACAUUAGAUGACCUAAAGUGCAAAAGUCUGAGGCUUCCAUCUGACAGCUAA